AUGGAUUCACAUGUCUAUGAUCCUGCGUUGAGAACACAACUAGAUUCAUUUGAUAAAAUGAUUCGUGUUGAAAGAGCAAUGCCAAAAUUAUUAACUGAUACUGAAAUCGAUCGUAUUUAUAAUGAAUACAUGAUGCAUGCAGUUGAAAAUAUUAAUGAAUCUUGCUAUAUGCGCUGGUCUUGCGAAACGAAGUUCUUCAAUAACGAUAAAUUAGAUUAUACUAAUGUCAAACUUUAUGGUAUACUUCGUGGUGAUUCGGGUAAUUUUCUAAAUCUUGUUCAUUGA